AUGGUACUCAAGGCCUUUGAAGCAGGAUAUCCGAAUACUACGGGCUUCCGCAAGGUGGUCAAAGCAACAAUAUACAUCAAGAAGAAGGAGGGCAUGUCAGACGAGCAUUUCAUCGACUACUACAACCGCAAUCAUGCUCAAAGGGCGGUCCCAAUCCUCCAACGCCAUGGCAUUAUUAGCUACAGCCUUACGUACCAUCUUCAGCGCGAUAGAAAACUCAUCCAGGACAUCAUGCACGGGCAAGCCAAGCUCAUGGAAUAUGAUGCCAUCUGCACCUUUGUAUUUCCUGACUACCUCGCCCUUGCCAAAUUCCUCUAUGAUAAGGAGGGUGCAGCCUUGAACAAUGACCAUGAAAACUUCAUGGAUGACAGCCAAAUGAAGAUGAUGGUGGGAGAUGAGUACAUGCUCAUCGAUAAUGGCGAGAAAGUAGCCUGA